CAAAUAGCAUGGGAGGAUAGAGCGAAAGACGCUCUAUCUGUUAGUAGAAAAAGAAAUUUUUAUAGACCUUGGUUUCAUGGAAUAAGACACCUGGCUCACUACUUUUGGAUUGCCCUAAGUAUUUCGUUUCAUGUCUCGGUUUGGAAUUGGUAUUGAAUAUUUUACCACCGACAUAUGACUGGCUAACAGCUUGCGCUGCAGUUGAACGUUUGAUAAAUUGUAUCAAAGGAGUUCAUUUUAAUCAACAGUUGAGUAAAUAUCUAGCUAAACGAGUCAUUUGCGUUCUUAUUUUUAUCAAUAUUCUUUUAAAUAUUCACGAAACAUUUUAUCGACAACUCAUUACUGAUCUACGGACUAAUCAACAAUCCUGGUGUGUGAUUGAAUAUCCUGGUAAUCGUCGCUGA